AUGUACCGGAAUCUUCCGCAACCGCUUGCUGACCCUGAUCACCAGCCCGGCUCAACGGAGUCGGGAAGCGGACCCGCCUCCUCCACGAUCACGUCCAACGACAGUUCGUCCUCGCUAGGCAGCGGUGUGCUGCUUCCCAGCGGGCUAAGCACCACGACCAGCGGUACGAUCAGGAUGAACCCGUCGUGUACCAGGAACGUCGGAACCAAGCGUCCGAAGGUGCGGCGCUGCCUGGAUUUCUCCCCCGACGCAAUGAACGUCGCACAGGAUCGGUCGAAAUCGGUGACAAAUCCAGCAAAACGAUUCGCGCAAGGCCCACCGGACACCGGACGCGCAAGGCCCACCGGGCCCAAUCAGACACCGUGCUCGUCGCGAACCGCAGAAACCGCGCACAAACACGGUAAAAUUAUGAAACAUUCAACGACGACCAGCGAUAAGCAGAUCAGGAGCGCCGUGUCGCGAUCCUCUGCCGAUCCGAACCUGAUUGGCGAUUAUUCAGUACCGUACAUCCUGCCGUGGAUGAACGGAAAGCACGAGGACUUGCGGUACAUUUCCGGCGAAACGGUGGCCCUGUUGCUAAAGGGCGAGUUUCGACAGCAGGUAGCCAGCUACGAAAUCAUCGACUGCCGGUACCCGUACGAGUUCGAAGGUGGCCACAUACGUGGUGCAAGAAAUCUCUACACCCGACUGCAGCUACGCGAGGGGCUCGUCCUGAUCAAACGCCAUGCGGAGCAGCGACCGACGACAAUCACAACGGCCACGCGGCGCAACAUCCUCGUCUUCCACUGCGAGUACUCCAUGGUCCGUGGUCCGUCACUGUUGCACUUUCUGCGCAACUACGAUCGCAACCUGAACAAGGACCGAUAUCCUGCGCUCCACUACCCCGAGGUCUAUCUGCUGCAGGGAGGUUACCAGCAGUUCUUCAAAUCGUAUCCCACGCUCUGCGAUCCGAUGGCCUACAGGCCCAUGCGGGAAAAAGCUUACAACGACGAAUUUCUUUACUACAAGGAAAAGUUCCGUAGGGAGAACAUAACAACACAGGUUACGCGCUAA